CCCUGCCCGGGGCUACGGUGGGCGGGAGGACCACCUCCAGAAGCAGGGAGGGGCCCUCGACAAGCGAGGAGGGGGCCCUCGACAAGCGAGGAGGGGCCCUCGACAAGCGAGGAGGGGCCCUCGACAAGCGAGGAGGGGCCCUCGACAAGCGAGGAGGGGCCCUCGACAAGCGAGGAGGGGCCCUCGACAAGCGGGAAGGGGCCCUCAAGAAGCGGGGAGCGGCCCAGGAGAAGCGGGAAAGGGCUAACACACAAUUAAUACUGCAAAUUUUUUUCAGGUUGGCUUUGGUAUUGACAGUGUAUGUUAGUGUGGACGCAGCAGCAAAGGACACUACCACCCCUAGCUACCGACUGGUCGUAGGGAACGGGGGCUACGCUCGCCUCAUAACUGCCCCACCGCCCUUCUUGGAUCUCACCCUUUCUGCAUGGAUCAAUGUCACUUCCUUUCCAGAUGGUGUAGCUCCCAUCCUUACUACUGUCUCCCCAGAUGCUAGUAGCCAGGUGGCUUUCUUCCUCCGACACGAUGGGCUUGGUGUCUUGUGGGGUGGUCCCUCACCAGUAAAGCAAUACCACUUGCAUCAAGUAGACCGUCAUCCUCGUACACAAUGGACACCUGCUGAGCCCGAAAAUUUACACAGAGUGAGACGUGAUGCUGUGGAUUACAGUACAGGACUUGGGGACAUCGUGGACAUCCUAGCAGAUUCUCGUAAGGGACGUUCGCAAGACACGUGGACACCAUACACCUUUGUUGAUGUUGAUAAGAUGGGUGUGACAGACCUCGAGGCUUCACCAUCUGGACUGAAUGCUGGCCUUCAUCUGCUACCAGUCCGUGCUGGGGUAUCCCGCUCCGAGUCCUACGAUGACUGGACUAAUGUCCCUUAUGAACUAGCAAUGUUGGAGAGUGAUCCCUAUGACCUUCACUUAGCCGAGCCUGAACCACGCAUUAUAACUGAGCCUAGUGGGGAUGAUGACUUCGUUUUCUUCAACUGGAAUGUGCCCGCAGCACCAAAGCAAUCAAUACCCCAAUCACCCAAUGAAUGGUCACCAAUUUGGCAAUCAAAACAGGAAACACAUGUGAAGGAAACAACCAAACCAAACCAAACAGUAGAAAGAAUCCCAAUAGAGGAACUUAGUUCUCAAAAAAUUAAUCCAGGUAAUCCAGGGGCAUGGACAGCUCAAGUAACAGAAGUUAAACUUAGUUCAAACAGCUGGACUCCAAAUUAUGUUAGAGAACCAUUCUAUACUAAUACUCAACCAUCACAACAGUCUCCUAUUUCAGAAGCUACAUUUGCAAGGCCACAUCCUGCCGUAAGACAGACAAUCAAUGGACCUUCUCAACUCGCAUCCCUUCAUCCAAAUUCCAGGACAACACAUAAAAUAAUCAGCCCUACUCAACAUCCAACAGAAUAUACAACUACAACUACUCGAAGACCCUCAACAACCACAACCACCAGAAGACCCUCAACAACCACAGCCACCAGAAGACCCUCAACCACAACCACCAGAAGACCUUCAACAACCACAACUACCAGAAGACCCUCAACAACCACAACCACCAGAAUACCCUCAACUACAACCACCAGAAGACACUCGACAGUUGCAAUCACUAGACGACCCACAACAGCUACAACCACCAGAAGGUCCUCAACUACGAUACUUCCCACAACCACUUCGCUGUUGAACAACUUACGCUUCACCACUAGUCGGUUCACUGCCCCACCAACUACAUCUGUUCCAAGAUCUAGAACUCGGGUGUCACUUCUUAAUCGUUCAACAGGACCAUCUCGUCAUACAACAAGGAUGCCUCUUUGGAAGCUAAUCAAGCGCCCUAACAGUUCACAACCUCCUUCGUUAGCAUCUUCAACAUUAAAACCCACAACCACAACCACUACUUCCACCACUACUGCCCCUUCAAGUACCACUCGAGCCCCUCCACAAAUGCAUUCAACGCUUAUCACAGCAACCAGGUCAACCACAAAGCAACCUAAUCUUGUUUCAAUAGUUCACUUCAAUCAUCAGGAACAAGUAACAGACAAGCCUCAAAUUACUGGACAAAAGUCUAAAGUUUCUGUUUGGUCUACCGCAGCAGACAGUAAAUCAAGCAAGGGUCAGAAUUACUUGGACAAGUGGUCAAGUAAACCUCAAGGGGGACAAAAUGCUGUGAGCAAGCACAGAUCAGUGAGCAUCGCUCCACACCACAUGGACGAAUUUAACCGUGCCAUGAAGGGCGUAGCCCCUGUUAAGGACGGUGACACGGCUGUAGUGUAUUCCAUUCCAAUCACUGAUCAAGAAGCAUUUAAUACAAUGUAUCAAUAUUACCAAACACAACAGGCAGUAGAGUUUUCAAAGUCAAAACAGUCUACUGAUAUCCAUGAUGCAGUUGCCCAAACAAUUGAAGAGGAAACAAAUGAAAAUUACUUAGGAGACAAUGUACCUACUCAAGAAAACAGAUUUUCUGUUCACUAUGCAACAAAACCUGAAGUCAACUUUGAAGAGACCAUUGCUCCAGCAUUUUUUAAAGAGGAAGAAGCUGUUCUUUUACCCACUGAAGACCCUCUGUCACCAACACCAUCCCGUAGUGACAUACCCAUAGGUGAGGAUGCUGCAGAAAUUUCCACUCAUAAAGAAACUAUAUCUUCAAAGAUUGAAAAACCCCACUUAAUUUCCACCUCUAUUAAAUCACAGAUUACGACCCAAACAGUCAUUCAACACGGAAGUCCACAGGUAGCAAGUGUUACUGAACCCAAGUCUAAAGUUGUGCCAAAGACAAACGAUGAAGGCGAACCAACUGAACCCAUUAAUGUUAAGUCAACUCCGGUUUCAUCAGACAUACCACAGUCGCCUAUUCGUCCAACUGUGCCUGAGCAAAGUAAUAUUCCUCUUGCACCAGAACAAAUAAAUCUCCCAUUUAUAUUACCAAGCAAUCCCCCAUUAAUUCAAAGGCCAACUCAAUUUCACAAUAUAUCAAAACAAAAUAACAUUCAUAAUGCAACAGUAUUUGCUGGUCCUCCUUUACUACCUGAGCUUAGUGGCCUUCCAACUGCAAUAAAACAGAGUGACCGUACAAGAGACCCAAAACCCAAUUUUCAAGCGAGUCCAGAUUUGAGUUUCAAAGUAGAAGUCGAGGAAAACCUAAAAAAAGUACCUGGACACGAACAAGAUAAUUCUUCAUUUGCUGUAUUUCAUAUUGAUGAAGAUGAUAUUCCAUAUUACUCUCCAGCAGGGGAUAAUGAUGAACACACUUCCUCAUUGGAUGAACUUUAUCAGCCAGCAGGAGUGCUCGUUUCCCAGGAGGCAGCACAGCCGGUGUCACACUAUCAAGAGUCCACACAUUUGUUCCAUGAGCAAUUGCCCCCACAAUACAUAUCUCCAAAGGAUAUACCUCGUCCCAUUACGUAUGGUAGUGCCCUGCAGACGUCAACAAAUCCAAGCCAGGACGAAGUUAACCUUGAUGAUUUGGUUUGGAAUGCCAAUCCACAGGAACUUAUUGCUCAGGGUCUUUUACCUCGUCCCGUGCAUUAUGUCGGCACCCAAGAAGAAGCAGAAGAAUGGAUGCAUGGGCAGGAUUCAAAGCCAUACUUAGAGGACAGAGUCUUCAGUGUUGAAUCAAGUGGUACAAAUAAUGCAAUGCCCCAAGCUUCAAAGCAAAGUAAUGAGGAAAAUGAUGUAAAUUUUCACUUCAAAAAACUACCAUUUGAAUUUAGAACAAACCAAUGGUACCAUCUUACUUUUACUUGGAGCAGUAAAAAUCAUCAGGUUGCAGUUUAUAUCAAUGGAGAAUUGGCUGGAACAUUGACUAAUGUAUUGCCCAAUGAAAUGACACUUCCAGGAAAUGGUCUAACAAUUAUUGGUCAGACACUGCUACCUGAUUUGACAGAUUUUGAUCCUACUUCACAAUUCAUUGGUGAAAUUAGGGAGGUCAACAUAUGGGGUACGAAGUUAAGUUCAAAAAGCAUACACGAAAUAUACCAAUGCAAGGAAGUAAAGGAAUCUCCUGUGCUUGACUGGCACCAAGUCACUAUGAGAUUUUAUAGUGAUGUUACAGUGAAACAAGAUGUUGCAAUGUGUGGUGCAUGAAACACACUGCUUCACUGAAGGAUAAUUUCUAAUACAGUACUGUAUAUGAAAACCAAAGACAUUACGCUGGUUUUCUACAAAAUGAUCCA